UUCUAAUACCUCAGAAUUGAUGUCAAUAAUUUUGAAUAUAUCCUCAAUUGUGAAAAAGAGCAAAUUUGUCACUCGUCACCAGUCGUAUUAAUCAUGAUUAAUGUUAAAUUUGUUUUUCAAAAGAAGAGAGUGUGACAUUCUAAAAACAAACUGGCAUUUAAAGGUUAAAUUUGUCAGUUUUGAUCAGGAUCGUUGUUGGUUAAAAAGUGACUCAGUCAAAGUUAAUAAAAUAUUUUAAUUACAGUAUUUUUGAUGAGCAUAUUUUAUCAUUCAGGAAAUCUGUGUAACUUUUUCAAACUGAGGGUUAAAUGAGAAAUGAGCUCUGCUGUGAAAAGGUUCAACACUCAGUGUCUCUCUCCUCUUCCUGGAAUGAAUCUCAGCCUGAUAACCCUCCUCUUCUUCCUGAUCUCAAACACAGCAGCUCCACUCUGUCCACACAUUUCCCGGUUUCCUCCCCUUCAGAUCUGCAUCUUGAACAUGGGUGGAACCAACAUGUGGUGACGUGGAAGAGCUGACAGGCCCCGUUCACUGCAGGAACACGUGAUUUGUAGAUCAGAGCUCACACUAGUUUCAGGAAGGAGGAAGUCAAACUCACACAGUCGCUGUUAGUGAGAGGAGAAAUGGCUGAGAAAGGAGUUCAGCUGGACCGAGAAAUAAUCUCUUGUUCCGUCUGUCUGGAUCUACUGAAGGAUCCGGUGGCUCUUUCCUGUGGACACAACUACUGCAUGAAGUGUAUUAAAGCCCACUGGGAUGGAGAGGAUGAGAAGAGAAUCUACAGCUGCCCUCAGUGUAGGCAGACCUUCACACCGAGGCCUGUCCUGAUGAAAAACACCAUGUUAGCAGUUUUAGUGGAGGAGCUGAAGAAGACUGAACUCCAAGCUGCUGCUGCUGAUCACUGCUAUGCUGGAGAUGAAGAUGUGUCCUGUGAUGUCUGCACUGGGAGGAAACUGAAAGCCUUCAAGUCCUGUUUAGUCUGUCUGGUUUCUUUCUGUGAGAAACACAUUCAGCUUCACUAUGAUGUGCCUCAGUUCCAGAAACACCAGCUGGUGGAGCCCUCCAAGAAUCUCCAGGAGAACAUCUGCUCUCUCCACGAUGAGGUGAAGAAGAUGUUCUGCCGCACUGAUCAGCAGUCUAUCUGUUAUCUCUGCUCUGUGGAGGAACAUAAAGGCCACGACACAGUCUCAGCUGCAGCAGAAAGGACGGAGAGGCAGAGAGAGCUGGAGGUGAGUCGACAAAACAUCCAGCAGAGAAUCCAGGACAGAGAGAAAGAUGUGAAGCUGCUCCAACAGCAGCUGGAGGCCAUCAAUGGCUCUGCUGAUAAAGCAGUGAAGGACAGUGAGGAGAUGUUCACCCACAUCAUCCAUCUGAUCCAGAAAACAAGCCGAGAUGUGGAGCAGCAGAUCAGAUCCCAGCAGGAGACUGAAGUGAGUGGAGUGAAAGAGCUGAAGGAGAAGCUGGAGCAGGAGAUGAGAGAGCUGAAGAGGAAAGACGCUGAGCUGAAGCAGCUCUCACACACAGAGGAUCACAACCAGUUUCUCCACAACUACCCCUCAGUGUCAGCACUCAGUGAGUCCACACACUCAUCCAGCAUGGACAUCCGUCCUCUGAGACACUUUGAGGAGGUGACAGCAGCUGUGUCAGAGCUCAGAGAUCAUCUACAGGACAUUGUGAGGGACACAUGGACAAAGAUCUCAGUGACAGAGACUCAAGUGGAUGUUUCACUGUCAGAUUCACAAGCAGAGCCAAAGACCAGAGCUGGAUUCUUGAAAUAUUCACGUCAAAUCACUCUGGAUCCAAACACAGCAAACAGAAACCUGUUAUUGUCUGAAGGGAACAGGAAAGUAACAUUUACGGGUCAACAACAGUCUUAUUCUGAUCAUCCAGACAGAUUCACUGAACGGUGGCAGGUCCUGAGUAGAGAGAGUCUGACUGGACGUUGUUACUGGGAGGUGGAGUGGAGAGGAGGAGGAGUUUAUGUAUCAGUCGCAUACAAGAAUAUCAGCAGAGAAGGAUUUAGAAAUGAAUGUGAAUUUGGAUGUAAUGACAAAUCUUGGGCAUUAUAUUGUUCCCCAAACAGUUAUACAUUUUUGCACAACAACAUCCAAACUCCCGUCUCAGGUCCUCGGUCCUCCAGAGUUGGAGUGUACCUGGAUCACAGUGCAGGUAUUCUGUCCUUCUACAGCGUCUCUGAAACCAUGACUCUCCUCCACAGAGUCCAGACCACAUUCACUCAGCAGAUAUAUGCUGGACUUUGGGUUGGUCGUGAUACAAGUGCUGAGUUGUGUAAAGUGAAGUAGACAGAGGUGACUGAAGGUGCAGUGAGUCUGAUUGUGUCUUUGAUUCUUUCACUCAUUUAGUCUCCAUCAUUGUUGCUCACAGCUCAUUGUUGUUUUAUUUCUACACUGCACAGAGAUCAGCUGUCAACCAAACAGUGACUGUCAGCACUUGUUGAUCUUCUCAUUUCUUCUUCUGCUCAUCUUUGACCUUCUUCCAUCUUUCUUCACUAAAAAUGACUUUCAUCUUUCUUGAUGUUUCCAGUCCAGAUGUAGUUUGUGCUCUCAGUCAGUAAAGAGGAUUUAUUCCACAGGACCAACAAGUGGAAACUGUGAUUUGAUCCACUUUGGGUGUCAAGACGUUUUGUUGAGUCCUGACACACAUCAGACAACAGAUGUUGUAUCGUUGUGGACUUGAGGUGGUUUCAUGUGUUGUGAUGAUGAUUUUCAUGAAGAUGAAACUUCACCAUGAGGCUGUGGUGUUGGUUCAGUGUGAAAGCAGCAACAUGUUGAGUCUGAUUUUAAAGCAUCAGAACACAAUAAGUGAUGUUUGAUGGAGGUUUAUGUUGUUCCUGACAAGUUUUCUGACUCAUCACUGAACCACUGAGUGACACAGUUUUUACAGAUAAAAUAUUUAGACAUCAACAAAAAAACAGAAAAUGUGCAUCUGUGUCAGAUUCAGACAUGAAAUCAUGAAGUCCAUGUUUUAUUUUGAACAUUUUAUUGUAAAUAUGUCCAUAGUUACACAUUUUAUCUUCUCAGAAACAAUUUUCCAAUUUAAAAACUUCAUGAAAAUGUAACAAUAAGUGACUUUUAAUGUGUUUCUAAGUCUUGUCUUUGUUUUCCUCUCAUUUAAAUUCAGGUUUAUUCAAUCCCAUGUCAGUGAUGCAUUUAAUGAACCAGCUGAGGUGAUGGAAAACUCAGCUUUUUGUUCAAAUGUGCACUUCAUUUUUCUUUGACAGAGAUAUAUGUACAGAAUUUGUUCAAUUUGUCUUUUAUGGUUGAUUUUCUGGGGAAGUAUAAUUGUAUUUUAUUCCAAAGAACUGCAUUUUCAAUUUCGUUGUCCUCAUACAAUGACAAUCAAGACAUUCUGAUUCUGAUUCUCAUUCUGUGGUCAUUUUAUUCUACCCAUGUGGUGAUUUCUAAUUUUGUUGGUUUGUUUUGUUUCUAGACUGUUGACAAACUAGUGAUUCAGUGUUAUGGUGAUCUGCAAAUAAAUGAAAAUAAAUGAA